AUGUCAUUGCCAUUCAGUACCCUGCCCUCCACGGCUACGGCCUCCCUGACCCCAUUCAAAGCCGCCAUCCCCAAAGCCGCGCUCGUCGAGCUCGAGACGUUGAUAAAGCUAGCGAAGCUUGCACCUCCCACCUACGAGAAUUCCCAAACGGACCGUCGCUAUGGUGUCACUACGGACUGGCUAGUGAUCAUGCGCGAUCAAUGGCUGAGGUCUUAUAACUGGAAAUCAUCAGAGGAUCGAAUCAAUAGCUUCCCUCAAUAUACGACGGAGAUUGAAGGUCUUACGAUUCAUUUUGUAGGGUUGUUUUCGGAAAGGAAGGAUGCUGUUCCUCUGUUGUUGUUGCAUGGAUGGCCUGGGAGCUUCCUCGAGUUUCUGCCUAUACUGCAAAAGUUCCGAGAAGAGUACACCCCGGAAACCUUACCUUAUCACUUGAUUGUACCUUCGUUGCCAGGUUUCACAUUUUCAUCUGGACCCCCGUUGGAUAGAGAUUUUGGAACGGGUGACAUUGCUCGUGUGUUAGAUCAACUGAUGAAAGACCUCGGCUUCGAGAGUGGAUAUGUUGCCCAAGGAGGCGAUAUUGGAAGUCGAAUUGCCAGGAACUUGGGCGUGGACCAUGAGAGCUGCAAAGCUGUACACGUCAACGUUGUUUUCAUGAGAAAGCCGGACGGCAUGACGGACGACCACCUGAAUGCUUUUGAGAUAGAGGGCAUCAAGAAGAUGAUGAACUUCAUGACUACUGGCGCAGGCUAUGCAACUGAGCAAGGCACUCGACCCAGCACCAUCGGGCAUGUUUUGGCAUCGAGCCCUAUGGCUCUUCUAGCGUGGAUCGGAGAAAAAUUCCUGGAAUGGGUCGAUGACCCGCUUGCCCCAGAAGACAUUUUGGAAUCUGUCACCUUGUACUGGCUUACAGAGACGUUCCCUCGAGCGAUCUAUACUUAUCGACAGAACUAUCCUGCGCCACCGAUUCCGUCUUCCAAUGACCCCCGUUGGUAUAUCCACAAGCCCUUUGGAUUUUCUUCAUUCCCUAUGGAGCUUGCUCCACUGCCGCGCUCGUGGAUUGAAACCACCGGAGACUUGGUAUUCUGGGAGCAACACCAGAAGGGCGGUCAUUUCGCGGCGCUAGAGCGGCCUGAUGAAUUGAAAGCGGAUUUGGUCAAGUUCGUAGAACAGGUGUGGCCCGGUAUUACCGGUGCCAAAUAA